CUAGUCUGAACGCCGAACGCAGUGUUUGUCACUAAGCCAGGUUUACCGCGGGUCGCGGCAGUUUGACGCGGUUUCUAUUUGCGCCAACGCCGUAUCCACAAACAUUGAAACAACCACGAAACAGUAACUCUGCGACCACCGGUUUGCGAGCCCGUCUCUCGUAUCUACUGGUUCACUCCGCUCCCAACAUAAUGCCAGCUGACGGUUCGGAACGCGGUGGCAGCAGGCGCGGAGUUUCAGGCUGGCUAUGUCGCUGGUGGCGCGCCCUGCUGGCUGAGGUCAUCUCGACGGCUCUGCUAGUCCUGCUCGGCAUUGCUUCCAUACUGCCGAAGGAUGUCCCGCUCACCAACGUAGCGCUCGCGUUCGGUUUCGUCGUCCUCAUCAACAUCGAGGCGUUCGGACCGGUUUCGGGCGCGCACAUGAACCCAGCCGUCACGCUCGCUGCAACCCUCUACGGCAGACUUGAGCCACUCGCAGCUGUUGGCUAUUUAAUAGCUCAGAUAAUCGGCGCCACGUUAGGGUUUGGUGCGCUGAUGGGGUUAGCGCCCGAAGUAUUCAAAACUGAAACAGUUGUGGGAGGCACGGCACCGGUGUUAGUCGGCGAGAGCGCAGCAAUGGCGGUGGAGGCCGUACUCACCGGCUGUCUGGCGUUGUUAUGCUGCAGCAUCUGGGCAGCCGAGGAUGCUGGCAAGAAAGACCCCACUGUCUCGAUUAAAUUCGCCUUCACUAUCGCUGGACUCAUCUAUGCCGGGGGUGCACUGACUGGUGCAAGUUUGAAUCCAGUUCGAAGUUUGGCUCCAGCACUGCUGCAGAGAUUUGUUUCCAAUCACUGGGUGUACUGGGUCGGACCGUUGGGCGGGUCUGCCGUGGCCACGCUGCUGCACCGCUACGUGCUGCGCCCGUCAGUCCCCGCGCCCGCCCCUGUCUCCACUCCUGAACAGCUGCCGCUGCACCUCAAGGCUGACCACUAAACGACCUUAAGCAUUCUUCAGGUUCCUCUCCACUACUGGAGGCAGGCAACUCGACGAGCUUUGUCCAGCUUGUGCCAAGAGACUGGGUUUUAUAUCAACCUGGUGUCAAUGCUCGAAUUAUAAAAUACAGACUGACCUAUUUUCUUCCACAAAAAUUUCUAAAAGCUGUAUCUAAUUAGUAUUAAGCUAACAUUAUAAACUCAAGACGUAGGAAUGCGUGAAGAAAUUGUAUUGAUGGAUGGGUACGAUGGACGAUGCUGGUUUUGAACCCGCGCCUCCUGGAAUACGCCCUAGCGCUCUUACCGCCUAAGCCAACCGUCGCAUCCGUGUUACAUGAUCCGUAAAUCUUGGUAUGUUGGUUCAACUCUCUGGGCGACACCUAUACGACCUUCUAUACACGUCUUAAUAACGUGCUCAACCCCAACAGUUGUUUUCUAGAAAAUUGACUUGAGAUGUCGCUCCUGAAAAUCUAAGCAAUUUGGUUUAUUUUAAGUGAUCUUGUUCAAUCAUUACUUGGACAGUUGGCUUAGUUGGUAAGAGCACUGGGGCGUAUCCCGAGACAUGCUCGAGUGCCACGUCGUCUUCAAAUUUUGGUAACAUAUGUAUAUUUAAUCCCAGAAGUAAGGGAGAACACUUAAAAAAAUUGAUAUGUUAAAAUAGGUUUUAUUAAAAUAAAUAUACAAAGAAUAACGGUGAAUAUCUUCCUUCUAUCUUACUCGGCCUUCGUGUACACCAUAGACGCAGACCAUACUAGCGUAGAGACAACCUGACAGUUCGAUAAAGCGUGCCCAAUUUUAUUUGUCAGUGUGUCCAUUAGCUAGUUGUUUAAUAUUCAAAAUAUUAGAAAGCCGUGGCUGACUGUUUACAACUUGUCAAUCAAAAUACGAUACAGUAAGAAUAGAUUCGCUUACCUUUUCAUCUAGCUGUAGCUCCGUUACAGAUGUCCAUCUCUCUCGCACGCUCUGUUAAUCUAAAGUCUAAACGGUAGUAUUUUAUAAGCCUAUGGUCUCUCACUCUCUCACACUCCUUUUCUUUUGUUGGUUACAUUUCCUUCAGUUGCAAUUUGUUUAAUGCUCAUCAAAAUAAUUUAUUGACCCUACGAACAAGUACCAAUUAAAAUAUAUUAACGUCACAUAAAAUUAAUAUAAGAGAACACUCAUCAGUCAUCAAGUUAUACUUACGUUAGUAUUUAUGAUUUUAUUAUAAUCAAAAUGAAUAGGUAAAUGCUCAGCAAAUAGGUACCUACCUAUUGUUAUUUGAUAUUUAUAACUUUGUGUCCCAUACAGUGCCAUUGAUAAAUCUUAAGUACCUUUAAAGAUAAUAAAACAUAACUGCAGUUUACUCUUGAUUUUUUAUUUUCCUACCAAUGAUUCAUUUUUUUACCUGCCUUCGUCAUGUUAUGUUAAUAUUGAGAAAAAAAUAUUUAUUUGACUAUAUUGUCAUAUUCUAAUCAAAUUCAUAAAGGGGAUGAACAAGUACCUAACAUUUGUUUGGAAUACGAACUAUUACCUAUAUUUAGUAUUUAAAAAAAACAAGCUUUCUGCCUAUUUUUGUCUCAAAAGAAUAGGUAACUAAUUUAAAAGUAUUGACAUAAAAAUAUUGGAAGCGUCAAUUUAUAUAAAAAUUCGGUCUUUAAUUAAAAUUAAGAAGAAGAAAAUUAAAUUUAAGAAUAGGUGGUAAUAAGGGCAAAAAGUUGCGUUACUACAAUACUUCAUGAAACACAAUUUGAUGAGCAUUUAUCUAUUUUGAAAGGUAAAUUGGCGGUAAAACAGGUUCAUUUCUGUUAAGCGUUCAAACAUAAUCCAUCACACGAUUUUCUUUUGUUAUUCAAAACUUUAACUGUAAAAGUAUCGAGAUGAUUGCAUUAUAUCACCUUUAAUCGUCUAUGUGUUUAAGAUCCACUAUUGUUUAAGUAUUUGAAACAGUCGUAGUAAUCAAACUCUGGAAUUAGAAAAUAUUUACCUAGUUACAUAUACUUAAAUAUUGCAUCACUAUUGUCACUAUGUAAAUGAAGUAGCUAAUAUAGUCAAUUCAUGUGUUAAGUGAGGUGUGGCAGCUACAAUAUUACCUACGUGCUUUGCAACUUCAUUUGAAAUCGAUUAUUGGCUAUUGUUUCAUUUUACUCGAUGCGGGCUUAAAGGUUUUUUAGUACCUACUACAAAGUAGUAAUUAUAGCUUACGACUAACGUAAUAUGGAUUGGUAAAUUAAAUAUUUCAAUGUCACUUGCAUUGCUUCCCGCAAAUUUAGAUAAUUUAUAUGUAUAGAUCUUGCUGUUACACAACCGAUAAAAACAGGCCAUGAAUAUUAGUUGAGUGUGCGUGACAAGCUACGUCUUACACUCGCAUUUGUAUGACACGUUGUGUUAGUGUGCGUGAAUUGCUCAAAAUAGAGCUAACUUCUAAAGCCUUACGGCCUUACAAAUAAACUUGGUAUAAAGUUAUAACUGAUGAUAAGCAAAGAAAAUGGAAAAUGUUUACAUUAUCGCUGACAACACUGUCAAUACAAUGAUAAUUCUGAAGUUUUCCGAAUGACAAGCUUCCUUGCAAAUAAACGCGGGAAACGUUAUACGUCCGAACAAACCAUUCGUAAGCAAAAUGUUUAUAUGUAAUCAUUUUACAUAUUCUUGGUUUCUUGGUUCUUCUAAUAUAUGGAGACUUUUAAAGUUCCUAAGUACGUCGCAUAUAGUUUGUAUACAUCUAAUGAUAUUUUGCACCUAUUGUCGGAUAAUAGAAGAAGCCUCAAUUGAAUUACAGCAAUUCAUUGUUGUGCAUGUUUAAAGAACACCUGUGCUAACUCUGAACUUAUUGACAAGUUACUGGUAAACAGGUAAGGAACAUUUCUGAGAAUAUGACGCGCUUUAAAUAACAUACUGUUAAUAAGGUUUAAUAUAAGGUCUAUGCUUAUUAUCUCCCAAUUAAUUAAUCUCACAUGCUGUUUAUUCUUGAUUUAGCAUUUGGUGAGAUUGUUGUUUUCUGAUUCAGGGUUGCCAUCGAUGUUUUUUCAACCAAACUCAGAUAACCAAUUUGUAGCCUAUAAUAUAAAAUAUAGGUACCUUUAAUAUAUUCUAUGUAUAUCAUCUACUUAUUUCGUGUAUUCCGAAUUAUAUGUAAGUCGCUUAAUUAAUAGUUAUUGUAUCAUUAUGUAAAUAAUUUUAACGGCCUUACAAAUAAACUUGGUAUAAAGUUAUAACUAAGCAUAAACAAAGAAUAUGCAAAAUGUUUACAAUAUCGUUGACAACACUGUCAAUACAAAGAUAAUUCUGAAGUUUUCCGAAUGACAAGCAGCCUUGCAAAUAAACGCGGGAAACGUUAUACGUCCGAAUAAACCAAUCGUAAGCAAAAUGUCUAUUUGUAAAUAUUUUACAUUUUCUCGGUUUAUGAAUAGUUAUAACUUUAUGCCAAUUUUAUUUGUAAGGCCGUAAGAGUGUAUACUGUAUGUAUCAAACGUCAAUGUUAUGACUUUCCAUACAUCUCUAGAUUAUAAUGACGUAUGUAAUAACCAGGGUGUUCAGAUUAUUUUAAAUACAUUAUUUCAAUAUAAA